AUGCCUAAAGAGUUUUCAGUCGGACUCAAAGAAGUAUACUUUCGUGUUAUUAAAUUUGUUGAAAAAGAGAAGAAUGGACCAACCAUUCCACUUAAUCUGACCAUGGCUCGCAUUCUUGCUAUGCUUAAUAUUUCUCGACGAUCACUUUUCAAUCUGAAGACCGAAUUGAAAACGAAAGAUAAAGAGAUUGAAGAAGAAGAAGAAGCAAAACAAGUUGAAGAAGAAGACGAAAUUGCAGAAAAAAUGAUUGAACAAAAGCGUCUUACUCUUCGAUCGCGCUCCGCUUCUGUGACUAAAAUUUCGUCAUUUCCAUCGACAUCUACUAGCACGGUCUCAUUAUCGGCAAAGAAUCCUUCCGCCCGUCAAAAGCGUAAUCUCUCAGCCUCUGCAAUAUUCAAUAUUAUAACUGUACCAAAUCCACAGCCACAAAAGAAGAAACUUGGUAGUGUAGCUACACGUCUUUCCGAAGAAGCCGAUGAGUGUAUUCGGUACACAUUUCAUCUUCUACUCGCUGAAAAGACAUAUCUCACAACAGAACUGCUUCUUCAACGGCUUCUUGGUUUCUACACCGAUUUUCCUGUUACUUCCAUCACAUCUCGCUGGUGCCAUCUUAAACGAAUAGGCUUCUCUUAUAAAGCACCAUCGAAGCUAUCAAUUCCUCUCGAUAGCGUCUCCUUUAUGGCACAGCGGACUUAUUAUUUUCGAAAAUUAGAUGAAUUUAGAGAAGAUAAUGUCUUAAUGUUUUAUCACGACGAAACUUGGACGAAUGCAGGAGAAGAGAAACGAUCAGUGUGGAUUGAUGAAACAGGAGCUGGUCGCUUACGUAAGAGUGAAGGAAAAGGUUAG